GGAUUCUAAGGCCACUUUAGCGGGGAGACGAGACUUUGCCGCAAACCGUGACCUGCUCGCGAAACCACUCUGUUGAUGCGAGAGAUCCCCGGCCAGCCCAAUCUCGAUAUCAGUCCUUCUCAGUCUGAUGUACUGAGAAGCUCAAUUCCGCCGAUUCUUUGUCAGACGUUGUGGCUCCCGCAGGCGCCUCUGGUGCAGCACAGCCCCCUCUGCGGAUCACACUGACGACCACUCCUUGGGUUCGCCGCCAACCACCCUGGAAACACAAUCGGUUCUGCGAGCACGUCGACGAGCUUCAUCAUUGACGUCGAGUCUAACGGCGUCGCCAUAUUUGGCGUACAUUCACGAUGUCCAGCAUUAGGACGGACUCGAGCCUGCCAGCGCAACCCAACUUGCGCUUGACCAUAAUUGCGGCUGAUGGGCUCUACAAGCGUGAUGUCUUCCGCUUUCCAGAUCCUUUUGCCGUCGCGACUCUGGGUGGCGAGCAGACCAAAACCACGGCAGUCAUCAAGAGAACCUUGAAUCCUUAUUGGAACGAGACCUUCGACUUGCGCGCCUCUGAAGAUAGCAUCCUCGCUGUACAAAUAUUCGACCAGAAGAAGUUCAAGAAGAAGGACCAAGGAUUCCUGGGUGUCAUCAAUGUUCGGGUUGGAGAUGUCGUUGACUUCUCAUCUGGCCAAGAUCAAAUGCUCACACGCGACCUCAAGAAGUCCACCGAUAACUUGGUCGUUCAUGGAAAACUGAUCAUUAAUUUAUCUACCAAUCUCUCGGAACCUGCACGAAACAACCUAGCUCCUCCAAAUGCCAACGCCAGCCGACCUUCUUUGAGCAACACCCCUCACGGAUCGACUUCAUCUGGCUUCCCAGGUGCAUCGACUCCGUCCCAUACCCCGCAGCCGUCGGGCGUUUUGAUGGCAAACGGUACAAUCUCAACAGCCCCAACACCAGGACACGCACCCGCUGCCGGCAGCGCUGGACCCGCAACUGCUACCACUCAGGCGAACGGUACAAUGGUACCUAGACAGACUGGAACAUUCAGUUCUUUUGAAGAUGCACAAGGGAGACUGCCAGCCGGAUGGGAAAGGCGGGAAGACAAUCUGGGAAGGACAUAUUAUGUGGACCACAAUACCCGCUCAACAAGUUGGAAUAGACCCUCUGCGAGCGGUACUGUAGACUCCCAACGCAUUGAGCGUGACGCCAACACCCAGGUGGAGAGGCAAAGGCAUCAGAACCGAACUUUGCCGGAGGACCGGACAGGUGCCAACUCCCCCAAUUUGCAACAGCAGCAACAAGGCGGAGCUGCCGCGAAUGCGGCUACCAUGAUGGCAACAGGCGCCACUACGGCUGGAACCGGAGAGCUUCCGCCGUUGUGGGAACAGAGACACACUCCAGAAGGCCGUCCAUAUUUCGUGGAUCACAACACGCGAACGACAACCUGGGUCGACCCAAGACGCCAACAGUAUAUUCGCAUGUAUGGUGGGCAAAAUGCCAACAACACCAUCCAGCAGCAACCUGUUUCACAACUUGGUCCACUGCCCAGUGGAUGGGAAAUGCGACUCACGAACACAGCCAGAGUGUACUUCGUGGAUCAUAACACGAAGACGACUACAUGGGAUGAUCCACGACUUCCAUCAUCGCUGGAUCAGAAUGUCCCACAGUACAAGCGAGACUUCCGGCGCAAACUCAUCUACUUCCGCUCUCAACCGGCUCUCCGAAUCCUUUCUGGCCAGUGCCAUGUCAAGGUUCGAAGAUCCCAUAUUUUCGAAGACUCCUAUGCCGAGAUCAUGCGCCAGUCCGCUACGGAUCUGAAGAAGCGCCUAAUGAUUAAAUUCGAUGGCGAAGAUGGUCUAGAUUAUGGUGGUCUCUCGAGAGAGUUUUUCUUCCUCUUAUCUCACGAGAUGUUUAAUCCCUUUUACUGCUUAUUCGAAUACUCCGCCCACGACAACUACACCCUUCAGAUUAAUCCCCACUCAGGUAUCAACCCUGAGCAUCUUAACUACUUCAAGUUUAUUGGCCGCGUUGUCGGCCUUGCUAUUUUCCAUCGCAGAUUCCUGGACGCAUUUUUCAUUGGGGCAUUGUAUAAGAUGAUGCUAAAUAAGGCGGUUUCACUAUCGGACAUGGAAGGUGUUGAUGCCGACUUCCACCGCAGUCUCCAGUGGAUGCUCGAUAAUCCGAUCGAGGGCGUCUUGGAUCAAACAUUUUCUACAGAAGAUGAGCGAUUUGGCGAGACAAAGAUUGAAGAUCUGAAGCCUGGUGGACGGGACAUCGAAGUCACUGACCAGAACAAGAAAGAAUAUGUUGAUCUUAUGGUCAAGUGGAGGAUCCAGAAGCGUAUCGAUGAACAAUUCCAGGCCUUCAUCACUGGUUUCCAUGAAUUGAUUCCUGCCGAGCUUGUCAACGUCUUCGAUGAGCGAGAACUGGAAUUAUUGAUUGGUGGUAUUGCAGAAAUCGACGUUGAGGAUUGGAAAAAGCACACGGAUUAUAGAGGAUACACGGAAUCGGACGAGGUUAUCAAGUUCUUCUGGCAGACAAUUCGAAGCUGGGAUGGAGAGCAGAAGUCACGUCUCCUUCAAUUUGCAACUGGAACAUCUCGAAUUCCAGUUAACGGUUUUAAGGAUCUUCAAGGAAGUGAUGGGCCGAGACGAUUCACGAUUGAGAAAGCAGGAGAGGUCAACAAUCUGCCCAAGUCUCACACAUGUUUCAACCGACUUGACCUGCCACAAUAUAAAACACUCGAAGCAUUACAGACGAAAUUGACGAUGGCAGUAGAAGAGACUAUGGGAUUCGGGCAGGAAUGAUUGUUUU